CUAUCCAUGAUAGGGGUCGUUUCAUUUGUAAUAAAAGUUAAUUCAAGACAUCGUUUUGAGUUAAAAAAUGUUGUUAUCACGUAGUACGGCACUUUUUAAAAACAUACGUUAUUUAAAUGCAAAGAAACAGAUAAACACAAUAAAUUUAAAUCAAAUUCGUACAUGUUUUAUUUAUCGCUCAGCACCAAAACAUGAAACAAAAUGGGUAAUAGUAUCUGAAAUUUUGGGUGGAAUAAUGUGGUGGUGGAUUUUUUGGAAUUUUUGGUAUGAAUACAAGCAUCUUAUUGGUCAUUUUCCUGAAUUAUGUCCAGCAGAUUGGACAGAUGAAGAAUUAGGAAUUCCACCAGAUGAUGCUUAAAUAGAUUUUCUUGUGUAAAAAGAAUCUUGUGUAAUCUUGAUAUAUAUGUUAAAAAUUUUACUGUAUUUAAUUUAAAUAUAAAAUUAUAACUAAAA